CCCUGGUGCAGGAGAAGCGACAGGCGGGGCGUCAUGAGCUCCGCGUUUACGGGUUCAGGAGGUUGACCCGGGGAAACCGGACUGGACUAGGUGCAGUCAGCCCCGCAGCAGCCGCCUUCCCGUUUCCGCUGUCCGUUUCCAGGCCCUUCGCCGCCGUCGCUGGGCUCCUUCGAGCGGCGCUGGCACCCGCGCUCGCUCUUCUCCCCAGCCGCGCGCGCUGGAGCCGAGAGACGCGGGCGGCCUGCGACCGGCAGGAGCUCAGCGACUCGGGGAGCGGCGACGGCGGCGAAGCCAGAACCAUAGACACCGGAAGUGAGGCCAGAGCGGCUCCUGGAGGGCAGGGGCGCCUCGCGCUCCCGGCCCGGGACGGCCAGGCGGCACCCGGGCGGGCGGAAUGGCCGUGGUGUUGGCGCUCAGGGUGUUCACCGGGCUGGCGGCCGCGGCGUUGGCGGCCGUGCUCUUGGAGCACUACGGCCUGGCCGGCUCGCCCUCGCCCGCGCCGCUGCCCCAGCCCCGCGCCCGGCGCAGCCCGCAACCCGCCCCGGGCCCCGAUGGCAGCAACAUCUUCUGGGGUCUGCAGAUUUCCGACAUUCACCUGAGCAGGUUUCACGAUCCAGGCAGAGCUGUAGACUUAGAGAAGUUCUGUUCUCAAACUGUUGACAUCAUUCAACCUGCUCUCGUCCUAGCAACAGGAGACCUGACUGAUGCCAAAACAGAGGAGCAUUUGGGGUCCAUGCAGCAAGAGGAAGAAUGGCAAACUUACCAGGAUAUUCUGAAGAAGACUAGAGUCAUGGAGAAAACCAAGUGGCUUGAUAUCAAAGGAAAUCAUGAUACAUUCAACGUUCCCAGUUUGGACAGUGUGGAGAAUUAUUACAGGAAAUAUUCUGCUUUACGUAGGGACGGCUCUUUCCAUUACGUUCACAGUACUCCCUUUGGCAACUAUUCUUUCAUCUGUGUGGAUGCCACCCUAAAUCCAGGGCCCAAGAGGCCUUUUAAUUUCUUUGGAAUUUUAGAUGAGAAACAGAUGAAUAAACUUAUAUUACUGGAUAAGGAGAGUAGUAGGAGUAACCACAGUAUUUGGUUUGGACACUUUACAACAUCCACUAUCCUCUCUCCACCACCAGGGAUUCGCUCCAUAAUAAGUUCUGCUACAGCUUAUUUCUGUGGGCACCUCCAUACACUUGGUGGACUGAUGCCUGUUUUGCACACUCGUCACUCUCAGGGCACCUUGGAACUUGAGCUGGGAGACUGGAAGAAUAAUAGAAGGUACCGGAUCUUUGCUUUUGAUCAUGACCUCUUUAGCUUUGCAGAUCUGACCUUUGAUGAAUGGCCUGUGGUUCUCAUCACCAAUCCUAAAUCACUCCUUUAUAAUUGUGCUAAACAUGAACCACUAGAUAGACUUCUUCACUCAACACACAUCAGAGUUUUGGCCUUUUCCUUAUUCUCCAUUACUUCUGUCACAGUUAAGAUUGAUGGAGUUUAUUUAGGGCAAGCUGUUCAUUUGUCUGGCCCUCUUUUUGUACUGAAGUGGAACCCGCAAAACUACAGUAUUAGGACACACAACAUAGAAGUAAUUGUCCAGGACUCUGCUGGACGAAAUAAGAGUGUUCAACACAUUUUUUCGGUUCAAGAGGAUAAUCAUCUCAGGUUUCACCCCAUAGCAUCACUUAUUCUUCUCACUGAUCACUACAUCAUGGCUCGGGUCUUUUUUGUGAUGAUUGUGCUGAUCCAGCUCACCAUUCUCAUUGCUUUUAGGUAUCGAGACUUUCCAAACUGUGAAGGACCUCCGGGUUUUGUAAUUUUUACCUCAUUUUCCCUUCAUGUCUUGAGUAAAAUGAACAUCUUCUACUAUUCGGUGUUGCUGCUGACCAUAUACACUGUGCUGGGACCAUGGUUUGUUGGUGAAAUCACUAAAGGCAAAUUAGGUUGCUGCUUUUCCUUUGGUAUCUUUGUUGAUGGGCAUUUCCUACAAGGCAGCGUAACAUUUGCAGUUGGAAUUCUCCAGCUGGUGUUUUUCAACGUUCCUUUGAUGGCUUACUUGUGUUGGAGCUUGCUGCAGCGAUGCUUUGGCCACAACUUUAGAUCUCAUCUCCGGCAGGGAAAAUACUUGAAAAUCAUCCCUGUACAUCUGCUUAUGUUACUACUGUUCCUCUGGCAGGCUUAUUCCUGCUUCUUUCUUCAUCUGACAUAUGGCACUCUAGCUUUUUUACUCUCCCCUUUGCGGACCUGGUUGACACUGCUGACACCUGUUCUCAUUCAUCGGGCGUGGACAGUGAGUCCCACUGAGCUUGGAACUUUCAUUGGACAGUUAAAAAGCUACUUGAGCUCCUGAAGGCCUUGUCUCCCCCCAUCUGCCUCUGUAGCCCAGGCCUUUGCUCCAGAAGCAAGUGGAAAGCCACUACUGGGUAGCUCCUGGAGCUCCUUGCUCCUGGGAUACCCAGGCAUUGAGGGGAUUACCCACUACUGAUUCCUGCAGGAUGAACUGCAGACAAAUUUUCAGAUAAUGCCAUAAUUCCUGCCUUCCCCAAGAAGGCAAAGGGUUGAUUUACUUUUGUGAAGAGAAAGUCCCAUCUGGGAGACCCGCAGGAGUGGGGCCGGGUCUGUGUAUGGGCGUAUCUAAGGCCCAGUGUGUUUUUUGGGUUACCUCAAGUAAAGUACUUAGCACUGGGUCUGGUACUGAGCCGCUGCUAUCUAGAGUGCCACUUUAGGAUCAGGGAACCAGGGCGCACGUGGGCCGGACCCUGAUUGCUCUUGCACCUAGGCCUCUUUCCCCAUGGUAUUAUUGCCUCUCUGCAUCCUAGUCGGGGGUGUUCUCAACCAAUCCAAUAAAUGAAUGCUGAAUAAGG